CCCACAUCGAAUCAAAGAUAAAGAUAUGGAAGAAGCACUACAACUGUGUAACAGUAAUGCUUGGUACUAGUGGUUUUGGAUGGAAUGACACCGAAAAAAGAAUUGAUGUUGAGAGUGAUAGUGUUUGGGAAGCAUAUGUUCGGAGGGAGAGCGAUGCGAAAAACCUACGAAACAAAAGUUUUUCGUAUUUCGACUCAUGGAUUCACAUAUUUGGUAAGGAUCGAGCUACGGGGGAGUUUACUGAAGGGCCUGCUGAUGCAGUUGAUGCUAUAAAUGCUAAGGAAGAAUUGUUGUUCAACAGUCUUGCAGAUAAUGGCACAUUUCUUGAACAUAUGGGUAUUAGUAGUCAUAUCGGCGAGGGAAUAAAUUGCUCCAGCUCAUUAAGUUAACGACCACCUAAAAGUUCUACAAAAAAGAAUGACAACAAGAAGAGGCCUAGAGGCAAUGAUGAUGUAGUGAAAGGGUUGUCCAUGAUUGCUAACAAGUUGGGUGAGGUAUUUUCUGCCACCAAUGAAAAGUUGGAUUUCAUUGGUCGAAGAAUGGGUUAUGAACAUGAUCUCGCAUUUAAACGGGCAAGUUUGAAUGAUGAACUCAUUAAGUUGCCAAUUACUCUUGAUGAAAGGCUAGAUGCUUGUGAGAUCAUAUCACAAAGUGUUCAAAAGCUCGACAUGUUCUUCAGCAUGACA